AGAGCGGGCCCGCCCAGGUGCGCCGUGGGUUGGGCUGGAGCCCGGAAGGUACGCCGCCCCGCCCCGAACCUGUCCCCUCGCUCUCCCCCCGCAUGAAAGUGAAAGUGCCGAGACCACGGAGGUCAAGGAUUGGGGGGCGGGGCCGGCACGAACCUUGGAGUGGGUGCCGGGCAUCCAGGGGCCAUGGACGGGCUCGGCCGCCGCCUUCGAGCCAGCCUGAGACUGAAGCGCGGCCAUGGGGGACCUCCACAGGACAAUGCGGGGGAAGCUAUAAAGGAACCAGAAAGGGCCCAGGAGGGCUCUCUGCUCAGCUUUGCUGGAGGGCAGCACUUCUUUGAAUACCUUCUUGUGGUUUCUCUCAAAAAAAAGCGUUUAGGGAAUGACUAUGAGCCUACAAUCACCUACCAGUUUCCCAAGCGAGAAAACCUGCUUCGAGGCCAGCAGGAGGAGGAGGAAAGGUUGCUUAAAGCCAUCCCCUUGUUCUGUUUCCCAGAUGGCAAUGAGUGGGCACCUCUUACCGAGUACCCCAGGGAGACAUUCUCCUUCGUUCUGACCAAUGUGGAUGGAAGCAGAAAGAUUGGAUACUGCAGGCGCCUCUUGCCAGCUGGCCCUGGCCCUCGACUUCCCAAAGUGUACUGCAUCAUCAGCUGCAUCGGCUGCUUCGGCUUGUUCUCCAAGAUCCUGGAUGAAGUGGAGAAGAGGCAUCAGAUCUCCAUGGCUGUCAUCUACCCGUUCAUGCAGGGCCUCCGAGAGGCAGCCUUCCCUGCUCCUGGGAAGACUGUCACCCUCAAGAGCUUCAUCCCGGACUCUGGCACUGAGUUCAUUUCGUUGACACGACCUCUGGACUCCCACCUAGAACAUGUGGAUUUUAGUUCUCUGUUGCACUGUCUCAGUUGUGAACAGAUACUUCAGAUCUUUGCCUCUGCAGUACUGGAGAGAAAAAUUAUCUUCUUGGCAGAAGGUCUCAGCACCCUGUCUCAAUGCAUCCAUGCUGCCGCCGCGCUGCUCUACCCCUUCAGCUGGGCACACACCUACAUCCCAGUCGUCCCUGAGAGCCUUCUGGCCACUGUCUGCUGCCCCACUCCCUUCAUGGUUGGGGUACAAAUGCGCUUUUUGCAGGAAGUCAUGGACAGCCCCAUGGAAGAGGUCCUGUUGGUGAAUCUUUGUGAAGGAAGCUUUUUAAUGUCGGUCGGUGAUGAAAAAGACAUCCUUCCACCGAAGCUUCAGGAAGACAUCUUAGGCUCUCUUAAUCAGGGAAUUGAUGAAUUACAGACUUUAGAAGAAAUCAAUGAGCAUGUUUCAGGCCCUUUUGUAAAGUUCUUUGUCAAAAUUGUGGGCCACUAUGCUUCCUAUAUCAAGCGGGAGGCAAAUGGGCAAGGCCACUUCCAGGAACGGUCCUUCUGUAAGGCUCUGACCUCUAAGACCAACCGUCGAUUUGUGAAGAAGUUUGUGAAGACACAGCUCUUCUCCCUUUUCAUCCAGGAAGCUGAGAAGAGCAAGAAUCCUCCCGCAGGCUAUUUCCAACAGAAAAUACUUGAAUAUGAAGAACAGAAGAAACAGAAGAAACCCAGAGAAAAGUCUGUGAAAUAACAGUUGUGGUGAACAGGAGAGACUACACCUGCAGGCCAGUUUUGGACUUGAGCCCCUACCAGAAUGGUAGGAUCAGGGAAGCCCUCAGCCCCCAGAAUCCAUAGCAUCUUUUGGAGUCCACCAUCCAGGCCUCACUGCAAACUGGUGUCUGAAUUUCGUAUCCCUGGUAUUGGCUUUUUCAAGUCUUUACAGGGCUCUGACUCCAUGCCCACAGAACUGGGCCCAGAGCUGUAUUUUUUGCAGGGGUGACAGAGAGUAGGAAAUAGUGCAGGUAUUACAGACGCUUGGUUAGAAGUCAUCACAACUGCUCUCUCACUAUUACAUCUUCAAUAGAGAACAGAGUUGUGGCCCAGAGGCUUAGCCCCUCCACAUAGAAAAAGGUCUGUGGACAUAUAAGGAUGACAGUAAAGAAGAAAAUCUUAUUA